AUGGUCAGCUCCUGUUGUGGCUCUGUCUGCUCUGAGGAGGGCUGUGGCCAGGGUUGCUGCCAGCCCAGCUGCUGCCAGACUACCUGCUGUAGGACCACCUGCUGCCGCCCCAGCUGCUGUGUGUCCAGCUGUUGCAGGCCCCAGUGCUGCCAGUCUGUGUGCUGUCAACCUACCUGCUGCCGCCCCAGCUGCUGCCGCCCCAACUGCUGUGUGUCCAGCUGCUGCCGCCCCAGCUGCUGUUGCUGUCAGUCUGUGUGCUGCCAGCCCACCUGCUGCCGCCCCAGCUGUUGUCGCCCCAGCUGCUGCAUCUCUAGCUGCUGUCAACCCUCCUGUGGUGGUUCCAGUUGCUGUGGCUCCACCUGCUGCCGCCCCUGCUGUCGCCCUUGCUGCUGUCUGAGACCAGUCUGUGGUCAGGUCUGCUGCCAAAGCUCUUGCUACCGCCCCACCUGUGUCAUCUCCACCUGUCCCCGCCCCAUGUGCUGUGCCACCCCCUGCUGCUGA